UAGCCGUUACCUCUUUUUCUCUUCCCUUUUCUGGGUGGAUUUUAUUUUAAUUCGUCAAUUCAAUCAACUUUAUCCCCAACUUUACAAACCCCACCAAAUUAAAUUCAAUGCACUACACUUAACUUCAAUAUAAAACCCUUGAAUUUCACUUCCAUUCAUUUUUUCCAUCAACACCCACAAAAUCAAGAACUCUAUAAUCUUACAAAAAAGAAAAUUCAAUGGCUUCUAAAACUGUUGCUAAAGAUAUCAUCACUCUCCGUGGCUCGGCAGCGAUCGCCAGCGAAUUCUUUGGGUAUGCGGCAAACAGUAUAUUGUACAAUCGAGGGGUUUACCCAGAAGAAAGUUUUGGGAAAGUGAAGAAAUAUGGAUUGCCAAUGCUUCUUACUCAAGAUGAGGCUGUUAAAACUUUCAUCGCUAAUCUUACUGCUCAACUUUCAGAAUGGCUUGAAGCAGGAAAAUUACAGAGGGUUGUUUUAGUUAUAAUGAGCAAAUCUACAAAUGAAGUUCUGGAAAGAUGGAAUUUCAGCAUUGAAACUGAUAAUGAAGUUGUUGAAACAGGGGUAUCAAGAGAAAAAAGUGACAAGGAAAUAAUGAGGGAAAUUCAAGCAAUUAUGAGGCAGAUUGCUUCUAGCAUCACUUACUUGCCUUGCCUUGAUGAACCUUGUGUUUUUGAUGUAUUGGCAUACACAGACAAGGAUGUAGAUGCACCUAUUACUUGGACUGAGAGUGAUCCCAAAUUGAUUUCUAAUCCUCAAAUGGUGAAACUACAUUCUUUUGAUACCAAGAUUCACAAGGUUGACACUUUAGUUUCUUACAAGAAUGAUGAUGAUGAUGAUGAUGAAUGACAAGCAAGUGAAAGAAAGUUCGAUUUUUAGGUGAAAAAUGGGAUGAAAUACUAAGUGUAGUGUGUGUGAAUCAUUGAUUCACAAUUUUGUAUCUGGGAUCUGAAGUUUGUAUUGUACUAAGAAGUGUAAUGAUGAAUUACCUGUUAAUCAUUUCAGUGAUUACAUUUCUGCCAUUGCUCUGUAAUACAGUGUAGUUCAGUUGGAUUGAAAUUUAUCCAAAAUUUAGCUGAUUCUGAAAA